AUGAGAAAUAACGAGCACAUGAUGACUGUACCGCAUGUUAACUCGCUGGUGCUUGAUGCCACGCCGCUGAUCACGCAGCCGUACAACCACUACCAGUACUACGCUGAGAAGUUCUACACCACGCCCACUGUUUUCCAUGAGAUCAAGGACGCCAACGCUAGGAAGAACUUGGAAGUCUGGCAGUCGCUGGGGAACUUGCAGCUGGUGCACCCCAGGAAGGAGUCUAUCGACAGGGUGAGCAACUUCGCCAGGCUGACGGGUGAUUACUCUGUGCUGAGUGCGAACGAUAUACAUAUCCUUGCGUUGACCUAUGAGCUCGAGAAAGAGCUUAAUAAAGGUGACUGGAGGCUGAGGAGGAAGCCCGGCGACAAGCUGAAACAUGAGAUUGCGAAGCCGGCUAAGAACCCCGCAGAGAAGCCCGCAGAGAAGCCCGCAGAGAAGCCCGCCGAACAGCCUGCUAAGCAUGCAGAGGAUAAAGAGGAAGUGAAAGCUGAGUUGGCCGAGGGCACUGAGGCAUCUCAAGAGAUCAAGAAGAAACCAAGAAGAAGAGGUGGUAAGAAACAAAAGGCUAAAAGAGAGCAAAGACUAGCAGAGCAACAGCUACAGGAAGGACAGCAAGAACAAGUGCAGCCGGAACAAGAGCAGAUGCAACCGGAACAGGAACAGGCUGAUGAUGAGACAAAACAAGACGGCAUGCCAACUGAAGCCAGCACAGAUGAAAUAAACGAAGAGUACGACGAAGGUGACGACGACGGUGAGUGGAUCACUCCAGAUAACUUGACUGAAACUCUGAUUAGAGACAGCGGUGAGGACACCACGGGUUCCAAAGGUGUCUUGACUGCCAGCGGUUUAGAUUCUAGUGAGAACCCUGAGAACCAAGUUGCGUUGGCCACUGGUGAUUUUGCUGUUCAAAACGUUGCAUUGCAGAUGAACCUAAAUCUAAUGAAUUUCAUGUCUGGUAUGAGAAUCAAGAGACUUCGUAACUACAUGCUGAGAUGCCACGCGUGCUUCCGUAUGUUCCCGUUGCCAAAGGAUGGCAAAGCCAAGCAUUUCUGUCCAUCCUGCGGUGGCCAAGGUACUUUGCUGAGAUGUGCAGUGACAGUAGACGCUACCACUGGUGAAGUAACACCACAUCUGAAAAACAACUUUCAAUGGAAGAACAGAGGUAACCGUUACUCCAUGGCUAGUCCGUUGUCCAAGAAUGCAGUGAAGAGAUACGGUAAGAAGGGGCACCAGCAUGCAAACAACACUCAGGACGCUCCUAUAUUGCGUGAGGACCAGAAGGAAUACGAGAAGGCCAUCAAGCAGGAAGAAUGGACCAGAAGACACAAUGAGAAAGUGCUCAACAACUGGAUAGGUGGUGGUUCCGCAGACAAUUACAUCUCACCUUUUGCCAUUUCAGGUCUGAAACAGCACUCCGUGCGUGUGGGUAAAGGCAGAUACGUAAACAGCUCCAAGAGAAAGAAAUGA